GUAGCGCACUGCGAUCCCGCUAAUGCCCUGCGAGCGACACAAAGUAUCCAUAGAGACGGGACCCCCCGCGGACACGCGCGCGACACCGGCGGCGGAGCCCGAACGACGACGGUGCUGUAGAAAGGGGGUAAAUCGGUGACUGAAGAGCAGCGGAUGAUCAUAAGAAGAAGAGUUCAGACAGCGGCGGUCCCUCCAGUCCCCCCACACACACACACACACGACGUCAUGCCCUUGGAAUGCGCGGCUCCAUGAUGUUUCCUGCGCGGAGCGGAAUCUCGAACAACUUGUUCAAAGUGUGAGGAGGAAAAGUGUGUGUGCGUAUGGAGGCAGCGCGCGACACUGGUGUGUGAGCGAGUUCGCGAAGCAUCGAUCGACAAGCGAAGUAACUGCGACAUGUCUGGUCCUACCUGGUUGCCGCCGAGGACUCUGGGAAGUCCAGAACGAGUCACCGCUCAGAUGUGCCCGAGCGGCCCGGCCUUCUACAGACCCCCAGCGAAGGGGAACCACAAGUAUGGCGGGUUUGACCAGAACGGAGCAACGGGAGGGACAGCCCCCAGGUACACGGCAGCUGGGGCCACAGGAGGAGUCCUGCCACACGCAGAGGAUUCUGGGUCCUCAGAAUUCAGCCCAGUAUCGCCCAAAUCAGUCGAGCACCAUUACCCAUCAGGCCACAGCUCACAAGAGGACCGCUUGUGGUCUCUCCACGGCGCCACAUACAGCCCUCAGAACCGUGUCCAGGAGAAUCCCGUUGGACAUGUGAGUAGCAUCGACGCUGAGAUAGACUCGCUCACCUCCAUGCUGGCCGACCUGGACAGCCCCCCGCAGAGCUCCCGCUCCCAGGUGUACGACAACGUGCCAUACGCCACGCACCUGUCGGCAGAGCGCUACAAGGGCCCCCCGCCCCAGAGCCGCUGCCCCGCAGGGUACCCCCCGUACCCACAGGCCCAGUUCCAGCUCGCCGGCCCGUACCCUGCGGAAGCCUCGCACUCGGCGCCACCGCUGGGCCAGUACAGCCUACAGCAGGAGUACCCGUACCCGUCGACCCCGAAACCGUACCCGCAGCCGGUGCCCGCGUCAUACACCACAGCGUCGACCCCUACGGGCCCCCGUUUCAGCGUGCAGGUGAAAACGGCGCAGCCUGUCAAUUACUCCCAAAGUGGGCGCCAUGCGGAACAGGCCUAUGCCCCGCCACGGCCCCGGCCCUUGCACCCGUACCCAGAGUCGGCGGCGGCACCACAGCCCUGGUACCCUGCCCCGUGUGCCGCCCAGGAGCAGGACCAUGGUGCGGCCUACAAAGGGGGCAUUGUGCCGGGACCUCGGACUGCUCUGGGCCCCCCACCCAGGAGGAGUGUAGAGGCGCCCAUGGCAGCACCCAGCCAUGGCCCGGCCUACCAGCUCGCUAAGGGGGCACUGCCAAAGCCAGAGGAGGAGUUGGAGCGGCUCACCAAGAAACUGGUGUAUGACAUGAAUCACCCGCACAGCGAGGAGUACUUUGGUCGGUGCACGCGGUGCGGCGACAAAGUGCUGGGGGACGGCAGUGGCUGCGUGGCCAUGGAGCAGGUGUUCCACGUCGAGUGCUUCACGUGUGUGACGUGUCACAGCCGCCUGCGGGGGCAGCCUUUCUACGCCCUGGACAAGAAGAGCUACUGUGAGAACUGCUACAUCGACACCCUGGAGCGCUGUUCCAAAUGCACACAGCCCAUCCUGGACCGCAUCCUGCGUGCCAUGGGCAAGGCGUACCACCCACGCUGCUUCACCUGCGUCGUGUGUGGCGGCUGCCUGGACGGCGUGCCCUUCACCGUGGACGCCACAUCGCAGAUCCACUGCAUCCAGGACUUCCACAGGAAGUUUGCCCCACGGUGCUCUGUGUGUGGUCAGCCCAUCAUGCCGGAGCCCGGCCAGGAGGAGACGGUGAGGAUCGUGGCCCUCGACCGCAGCUUCCAUGUCAACUGCUACACAUGUGAGGAGUGUGGACUCCUGCUGUCCUCCGAGGGAGAGGGACGCGGCUGCUACCCGCUGGACGGUCACAUUCUGUGCAAGAGCUGCAGCGCACGGCGCAUUCAGGACCUCUCAGCCAAGAUCUCGACCGACUGCUGAUGGGCUGUCAGAGCACCCCACACACACACACACACACACACACACACCCUGUGAGUGGCUCCGCAGGAAGAUUUCACAUGAAGGAAAGGUGAUUUGUGCUCCUGUGGGGUUGUGACCCGUGUGCUACAGCAGGAACACACGGCUCAGCUCAAGGGGUCAGGACCCUGUGCACAGAGCCAGCGCCAGUGUGAUUUGGUGUCAUUCCCCACCAUCGCUGAAGACGAGGUGACGACGGCGUGCGCCUCUUCUGUGUGGUAUUGAUGAACCGUUCAUGUAUUUUACCGGUGUAACAAUCUGUACCAGUUUGCCUUCUUAUUGUUACAUGGCCCAGUGAUGUUGCUGUUUAAUUGUAUGUGUAUGUAUGCGUGCGUGCGUGCUGUAGAACUCUGCACUCAUUCCCCACUACCUGCACAGGACACACACUGAUCACACACAUCUGCAGUGUGUUUUACUGUUGAGGGAUAUGAAGGAGAAGCGUCACAGUACGAGCUGAAGUGUGUGUGUGUGUGUGUGUGUGUGUGUGUGUGUGUGUGUGUGCACGCGUGCGUGCGCAAGUGCCUGUGUAGUCGAAGUGUCCACUCCGCAGCGUCGCUAAAGGCCCCAGUAACUGUGCACGUGACCCAGCGUCUUUCAGGACAUGUAAGGAGCUCCACUCAGGGAACUUUGUGUCUCCAGAGUCGCCCCCGAGUCACGGCAUUUUUCUCACAAAUUGGCGUUUUUCUUACCUUUAACCAGUUAGUUUACACACCACGUGUGUGUUUUCCGUGUUCCGCGCCAAAACACUCAGGUUUUCUGCUCAUUUAGUCUGUGAUGCUCCCCUCACCGUUUCUCCGCACUAGCGGCCUGCUGGGGUCUCUGCAGACAGGUUUCUCUGUGGGAGGUGGGUUGGGGGUAUCUAAGUUCAUCUCUUGACGAGCUCACAUGUUGUCCCGAAUGAAGGAAUUAAAACGACACUAAAACUGUC